AUGUACGGUGCAGAGCUGGUGAGGGUGCACAAGUUCACAUACCUGGGUCAUGUGGUUACAGCAGACAUGAAGGAUAAUUGUGACAUUGAUAGGGAGCGGAGAGCGUUGGCGGUUAGAUCUAUGUUGGCUCGCAGAUUUGCACGUUGCACAAAAGAUGUAAAGAUCACGCUAUUCAAGUCAUUCUGUCAGAGCUUUUACACGUGCAGUCUGUGGGUUGACUAUACCCAAAAAUCUAUUAAUGCUCUCCGUGUCCAAUAUAAUAACAUCUUCAGGAUAAUGUUGGGACUGCCUCGGUAUUGUAGCGCGUCCGGUAUGUUUGUGGAAAACCGUGUCGAUGGUUUUUCCGCAAUCAUACGGAAAAGAAUCGCCUCCGUCAAGAAUAGGUUGGAGAGAAGUCCUAAUAUUAUUUUGAAGGUGAUAGCCGACAGACAGGACAGCGCAUUCAAAGCGCACUGGAUGUCUGCUUUAGUUUGA